CCCCACCUGUUGUUGUUAACCCCUCCCUCCUUCACUUUAAAUUCAUUUCUCUUUCUUUGCCUACAAAUAUGCCAAUCCUUCUCUUCUCUUCUCCUUACUUCUUCCACCACUUUUCUAAUUCUUUAAUUUUAAUUUUAAUUUUAAUUUUAAUUUUAAUUUUAAUUUGAUUUGAUUUGAUUUGAUUUUCACUUAAAGUUGUCAUCUUUUACCCUUUUUCAAUCAAUCUUUGAUUAGGGUUUUCAUUCUUUUAAUUGGGUCUUUUCUGAUUACUUUAAAACCCCUCAAAAAAAAUUGUCUUUUUUGGCUGUAUAAAAAAAAAAUCGAGAUUUUGGGUUCUGGGUUCAUCUCACAUUGCUUCUGUGAUCUCUUUGGUUUUAGUUGUGAUUUGGUGGUUUGGCUGAAUUGAGUCUUGUGUGGGAGUAAGAAGAUUUACUCCAAUGGGUGAGGCACCAGCUUUUCUGUUUGAUGAUCUGGAGAAGAGUUGUGGAAAUGGGUAUGAUUUGAUUUGCAGGGGUAGGGAAACAACAACUAUUGUAGGUAACACAAAGUAUGCAAUUGGGGAUUAUGAUGAUUCAACAUUGUCCAUUGGAGUUAAGGUUUUUGAUAAUUCCUUGGAGAAAUGGGUGUAUCCUACAGUUUUAGGCACAAAGCCAGAGCUGAGCUCUGAUCUUUGGGCUCUACCACACGGUGAAGACCGGGUUAUGGUUAUCAAGAAUGGUGCAAUCACAGACGAUGAUCUUUGGUUUCUUGAAGUGGACACACCAUAUGUUAGACAGCAGAAGAAGGUUUUAGGAAGUGAUGUAGUUGCUUGGAGUAAAGGAGUUAUGGGGUAUGCUGGAAAACCUAUUGUUAUCAGUGGUCCCUCCGGUGUGGGCAAGGGUACUUUGAUUGCCAAGCUCAUGAAGGAAUUUCCUUCAAUGUUUGGAUUUUCUGUGAGCCAUACAACGCGCGCUCCCAGAGAAAAGGAGACUAACGGGAUUCAUUACCAUUUUACGGAGCGUAAUGUGAUGGAAGAGGAUAUUAAAGAUGAAAAGUUCCUCGAAUUUGCCCAAGUUCAUGGAAACUUGUAUGGAACAAGUGUUGAAUCUGUUGAAGUGGUUGCAGAUGCUGGAAAGAGAUGCAUCCUUGACAUUGAUGUUCAAGGUGCAAAGUCAGUGAGGGCUAGUUCUCUUGAUGCGAUCUUUAUCUUUAUCUGCCCCCCAUCAUAUGAAGAUCUCGAGAAGAGGCUUCGUUUUAGAGGAACUGAGACAGAGGAUCAGCUCCAGAAGCGUCUUCGCAAUGCCAAGGGAGAGCUCGAACAGGGAAGAUCACCUGGUCUUUUUGAUCAUGUCUUGAUCAAUGAUGACCUUGAUGCCUGUUACCUGACUCUGAAGAAUCUCCUGGGCUUAAAUGAAUUUGCUGACAAUACAAACCAAUCUGCCCAAAAGAAGAUUGGUUUUCCUCUAGUGAAGUCAGUAUCAAAAGUGGGUAACAAAAUAUACUUAAAUUCAACAAUAUCAGAUCUCGGAAACGCAUCAAAGAACUCGUUUGUACUGGAUGUCUCUUCACUAAAAGGAGGGGCACCCGGACGGACACGAGGAUUGGAUUUAUACUCCGUUUACCCAUUUGCAGCAUUCACCAAUGGGUUCGGAAAGCUGAGUUAACUAUCAGUUGAAACAAUCUAACAACCAACUUAAUUAUUUUUUAAUUUUGGUCAUUUUUUCGGUUACCUUUGUUUUGGUUACCAUUAAAAAGGAGAGUGGCAUUUGUUGCCAGAAUUAUGGGAGAAGAUAGAGAAAGUCCAAUGAGAGACAACAUUUACACAAUUUUAGUAAAAUGAUGCAUUCACCAACUAUCAUUUGUAGGGAUUUUUUGUUUUGUUUGGAUUACACAACAUCUCACCAUCGGAUGUUGAUGAGUUUAUAGAUCAUAUCUACCUGGAUUAGGAUUUAGGAUACCUGUCCAUAAAUUAUUUGAAAUUCAGGUAUGUAUUAGUUGGUGUUUGGUUGGUUAAGUGGACAAUAAAUCUAGAGUCGUGGGGUCAUUUGGAUAUGA